CGCCACGUCGUGAUUGGUGGAAAGGCAGCCACUCUGAACGAGGGAAUGGCAGACAUUGUUGGUCCAUCUGUUCUGCCACUCAUUGUCCAACUUGCUUCUGUAGGAAAGAAUACAGCUCUGGAGGACACUCAGACACAGAGGACGGAGGCGCUCGUGGCUGGGGUUGGAUGCUCUGUGAUUUACCUGCAGCUAAAAUAAACACGGGGCUUGGAUGUAGCUGCUGUGGGAACUUUGGGAUUUGUUUUUUCUUCUGAGUUUCACCUACACUGCUUUACCGUGCGGUUGUCAAGGAUUUAAAUAUGCAGACAUGAGCUAAUAUUCCCUUAAGGCCUGGCACCAAUGAGUCGAGCUUUGUGAGAGGGCAGCAGUCAGCCCGGUGUGCUGGAUGUCUGUGACAGAUCCAUGGGUCAGAAGGACCAUGUGGAGGCAGGAGCUGGCCACAUCCUCGACCUGGGGCUGGAUUUGGAGUAUCUCCACGUAGCAGGGGCUGACCGGCAGGCUGGCGGCGCUGACGGGCCCCCUGCUAUGGAGGAGCAGGGGGAAAGCUCCUGUAACCGCAGCACCGCCGAUUGCCCUCCGCCGGCUGCGGUGGAGGAAAAUGCCGGACCCGACGCCGAGAGCAAGCUGUCGCCGUCUCCCGGCUCUGCGCUUGCCGCCGGGCCGGACGGUGGAGAGGGAGGAUCAACUCACAGUAAGAACACCCACCAGCCGCUUUGUCGGACCCAGUGUGUGGACUUAGGCACCGAGGGGCCUCCUGAGCUCCCAUCUGAACUCUCAUCAGAGCUUGAAUACGACACUCCUGCUCAGUCCCCACCCAGCUCCCCAUGUAAGAACCCACCCGAGCCGCCGUCCCAUCCCUCCGAAUCAGAGCCAGCCUCCGAGGCUGGCGGGAAGGAGUACCAGGCCAAGCUGGAGUUUGCUCUGAAGCUGGGCUACUCUGAGGAGACAGUGCGACUGGUGCUGUCCAAGCUGGGCCCUGACACCCUCAUCAACGACAUACUGGGAGAGCUGGUCAAACUGGGCACCAAGUCAGACAGCGAGCAGCCGGCCGGAUCAUUAGCCUCCACCUCCUCCUCUUCAUCCUCCUCUUCAUCUUGCGGUUGCUCUGAUUUGCUGGACGGCCAGAGGUCGGACUCGCCCUGUCCGUCAGACUCUCUGGGUGACCAGGACAACCUGCGUCCGAUUGUGGUGGACGGCAGUAAUGUAGCCAUGAGUCAUGGCAACAAGGAAGUGUUUUCGUGCCAGGGCAUCCAGCUGGCUGUUGAUUGGUUCCUAGAGCGAGGCCAUCAUGACAUCACGGUGUUUGUGCCUGCCUGGAGGAAAGAGCAGUCCCGCCCUGAUGCCCCGAUAACAGAUCAGGAGAUCUUGCGUCGCCUAGAGAAGGAAAAGAUCUUAGUCUUCACUCCCUCGCGACGUGUCCAAGGUCGGCGCGUGGUCUGCUAUGACGACCGCUUCAUCGUCAAGCUGGCCUAUGAGUCAGACGGCAUCAUCGUCUCCAACGACAAUUACAGAGACCUGGCUAAUGAGAAGCCUGAGUGGAAGAAGUUCAUUGACGAGCGGCUGCUCAUGUACUCCUUUGUCAACGACAAAUUCAUGCCCCCAGAUGACCCUCUUGGUCGUCAUGGCCCCAGCUUAGACAACUUCCUGAGGAAAAGACCUGUCAUGCCUGAGCAGAAGAAACAGCCGUGUCCUUACGGAAAGAAGUGCACUUACGGUCACAAGUGUAAGUACUACCACCCAGAGAGAGGGGCUCAGCCUCAGCGUGCCGUGGCUGAUGAGCUGCGAGCCAGCGCCAAGACCUGCGUGACCACAAAGAACCAGGGAGACACUGGGCUGGUGAAGAGCCACAGCGUUCCAGCUGGAAGCAUCGAGGCGAAAAAAGGUGCCCCGAAAAGGCAGUCGGACCCCAGCAUCCGAGCUCUGUCGUACAGUGACGCCGAGGAGAAGCUGCUGGCAAAAGGGCGGGUGGAGAGCCAAAAGAGCAGUUUGGUGGGUGCUGGUAGCAGCAGCAGUAGCAGUUCUAGCAGCAACAGCAGUAAUUGCAGUGGGAGUAUAACCAUGUCCCCGGCCCCAGGAGGCCCUCCAUCCAGCCUUAGCCUCCCCCAGGACCAACAGUCCAGAGCAGCCACUCCUCACGGCCUCCUUCCAGCCCCCAGCCUUGACCUUUACCCUCACUGUGAGUCCCCCGACCUGAGCUACUACUCAGUAACACGUGCCUACUCUGGCCUGAGCCUGUCCUCCAGACGGAGCCCCGACUGCCGCUUCCCCAACGACACCGACCUGCGGUUGGGCUCGAUGGGCUCAGCAGGCUCCGAAUGCGGCAGCGAAAGCAGCGCGAGUUGUGGGAGCAGCUGUGACUCGUACAGCGAGAGGCCUUGUCCCGGAUGCCCCCCAGACACCUUACUGGAAGACAGCAUCCAUUUCAAUAAUCCGCACAGUCGGCUGUAUCCCCACCAUUCUUCAUCAAACCACGAACUCUGCGGCCUUCAUCCUGCCGAUUACACAAAUAUCCAGCACAGCCACACGUCUAACACCAGCGUUCACAGUUACCACAUGAGUGUGACACGCGGACAGAGCUGUGCUCAUGAUCAGCCUCCACCAGAGGCUCCCUCCAAGCGCCCCCUCUACCCCUUACCCCCUCAUCUGCAGCACCAGCCGCUGGCCGCACGCUCCAGCUGCCCGGGCGACUACCACUCUCUGCCCCAGUCCAACCCCCACGCCCCCGGUUCUCCUCUUGGCCGCUGCCUGGCCCCCACACGAGCAGAGAGCGUGUCGGACUCACAUCUGUAUGAGCACCUCUCUACGUCGCACCAUCACCACCGACCAAAAGCUCUGCCCAGCUGGGACACGUACUACAGACAGCCGCCGCUGCCACCAUCCAGGUAUGAACCGUCUGCCUAUCAGAGUCUGCCAGACACACGCCAGUCCUCCUGGCACACCCUUCCCUGGUCACAGGAUGGCUACACCCAGCACCACUCCUCUCACCCAGCUCUCCACCCGUCCCCGACACAUUACCUAAACCACCCACCACCUCCCGCCCACUCUCCUCACCCGCCUCAUCCAUCCAGCACUCCUCUGCCGGCUUACCCGCCUCACAGCGCUCACCUCGCAGUGCCCUCCCACGCGCCUUCCUCCUACAUGCCGCAGCACUCUGAAUCCCCUGCACACGGCCACUAUGGCGGCGUGAGGGAGAAAGUGUACGUCAACCUGUGCAACAUCUUUCCCUCUGAGCUGGUGAGUCGGGUGAUGGCCAGGAGCCCCCACAUCACAGACCCCCAGCAGCUGGCAGCUGCCAUCCUGGCAGAGAAGGCCCAAACAGGCUACUGAGGAAUCCGAAUGUGGUUAGAAAACAAUAGAGGUUCUGCAUUCUGGGUAGAAAUUUGAAGACACGAACUAAGCGGUUAGUAUCUGCAGACAAACAGGAAUCUGCCAUUGCAACACUUGGCAGUUGGGUCUGCAUGGCGGAGUACUGGAAUUCUUUUGGAUUGUCUGCAAGGAGAGCAUUUCCUUUCUUAUGACAUUAAAUGAGACAAUGCAGAAUUUUCAAGGAUAUAAAAUGCUGAGGAUAAUCCAAAUCCAGCUCUAGUCACUGUGCAGCGACAACUACAUCAACUCAACGCGUGGGGAGAGGGAGUCGAAUUCUGUGACUUUGACACAAAGUGCGACCUGAGGAGAUUGUCCUACACCUGCUCUUUGUUUUUUAAAUUCAUUUUGUAGCUUAAUAUUUGUGUCUUUCACAUGCAAGACUCGUUAUGCAUCAAAAUGUUAAGGUACAUUUUUUUAUUUUACAGCCCAAUCACAACCUAAAGAAUUGGUUUUACACACAUCAAAUGUGACCGAUAUGAACGAUUAGUUGAUCAUUUCCACCACCUUUAUGACCAGAUUCUGAGUUUGAGAGAAUACGCAUACACACCGUGUGCAAUGUACUUACUCUCAGACCUGAGUCAAGCAGUGUUUGUAUGUUCUUGCAUGUGUGUAGCGCCAGAUUGAUAGGAGUGUCAUGUAAUAAGGAUUCAAACUUAAUUUCACAUAUUUUCCCGUGAGGUGGCAAAUCCUCAUCCGGUACACAUGACUGUUUCAAACGAAUAUUUGACCAAGGUCUGUGUAUUAUAUUAAUCUCUUUGUGUGUGUGUGUGUGUGUGUGUGUGUGUGUGUGUGUGUGUGUGUGUGUGUGUGUGUGUGUGUGUGUGUGUUGUGCGUGUGUGUGUGUGUUGUGCGGCCGUCGUGUGGGGUUCUUCUCCAUGUUGGUUAAAAAAUAGGUGUCUGAAAGAUGGUCAUCUUAUUUGAGAUGACGUCAGUAUUUUGGUCAGAGUUGUAGCUGUAGAGAUGGGUGACCCUGUCGUGUGUACCUUAGUUUUAGUAAGGGACAUCUCUCUCUCUAUCUUUCUCUAACUCUUUCUCUCUCUCUCUCUUUCCCUCUCUCUCUCUCUCUCUCUCUCUCUCUCUCUCUCUCUCUGGCCCUUUAUUUUGGGUCAAAUCUGGUUUCUGCUACAGACAGAGAACAUCUCGACAUCAGUAUAAACAGAACAUGUAUGUAUUGUAAAUAUAUUUAACAGAUUCCCCUGCUGUGCUUUUGGCUAACAGCGUCUACUGUUGUCUGUAGCAGAUCCCAGCUGAAUCCAUGCUAGACAGAGAAAAACCUUGUUUGAUACAAAUUGUAUCAUUAACUAAGUCGCUGAUGUUAUAUACAGUACAUGGACUUGUUGAUCCGUAUUUAUCAAACACUCUUGAUGUAUUGCUAUAUGAUGAAGUGCAUUGACAACACUUGUUCCAACUUUUAAUCUUGUGGAAAUAGCUUUGAGACAAUUACUUCAAAUAUGUUAUGAAACAAAAGGGGUUGCCUGCCUACUAUGUUUAGGUAUCGCAACUUCUUUAUCUGCGCUUUUGGGUUUGAAGCUGGCUUAUUUUCUACAGGAGCUCCAAUAAAAUCACAUGUGAGGAAUAUGUUUUGGGUUACUGGUUGACGGACGUAACUGCCCAUUCGAGAAAGAAGGUGAAUUGUACUUUUUCACGUGGUUGAGGUUGGGGUCAGUUCAUCUUAACGCUUCUUUUAGCCUCUUUAAGUCAGGAAGUGGAUAAGUUAUUAAACUUUAUGCUUGAAGUAAUAGUGAACCGAUUUAUUAUCAUUAACCAUCUAUUAAUUAAGUGGACAGACCCCAACCAUGUGUAAUAAGUAAAAUUUUAUAUUUGGGUCAGUCCCAUAUUCGAUGGUGGCCAUUUUGAACGUCCUUAACACUCUACCGUAUUUGCAAAUAUAUAAAGCUAUUUCUUCCCUGAAGUGUUUAGAUAGAAGCAGAAUUUGUACGGCCAGUAAAGAAAUGUCAAACAACAACCACAACUGACCUGGUAACUGCUUUCCAGACAAAGUCAAGUGUGAAAAAUAUUAAAUGGGAUAUUUGGAUAUUACAAAUUAAAAUUCUGACAUAUGUUUCCCUUUCAUUAGUAGGAUGAUAAAUGUCCUCAAUGCAGCAUUAACCUGGCCACGGCUGUUUUUAGACUUAAAUGUAUGGCCAGAUUAAAAUAAUAAUCUACUAUGUAUCAGUCUGCAUUCUUGUGACUAUUUUUAUUAUUCAUGAAUCAGUAAUUAAUGUUUGUUUUACAUAGCAUGGCUGUAUAUGGGUAGAGCCCACCGACAGUGGAAAGCGAGUUCAAAAUGGCCGCCAAGGAAUUAAAGUCUACACAGUGAGCUCGUCAUACAGUUCAUCACAAGCCAGCUACGUAUAGCCCACUGGUUUCUUUCCUGUCCAACGUGUCAUAUUGUACAAAUAACCAAUACCUGUACAAUAGCACGUGCUGUUGAUGAGAGAGAACCUCUGUGUGUAUUGAAGAAGCGCCUUCUCUCUGGCCUCCUGGCACUGUGUGUCAGUGUGGCACCCGAGCGUGGGCCCAAAGUAAUGCCUCUACAUGGCAUUGUGCUUAUGACACAUCCAAUACUCUGAACUAUGUUCAGCUAACUCUUAUGCAUGUUUUGAUUUGUUUUGGUUUCUGCAUGUAUCCUUGUGUUUACUUUGUGUACAAAGCUGUGUUUCUGUCCUGGACUUUAGUCUGGCCGUUACUGUGACAUGAUGCGAGCUGUUGAGAUGCUUCUAGAUUUAACUGUACACAAAACUGGCUUGUUUUUCUGCUCAUUCAUUUUUAUUUCAUAUAUGAGUUAGUAUAAUUUCAAUUUCACGAAAUCACCCUUCUUUAACAUACAACUUAAAUCAGGUGGGAAUGCUGUCUUUUUUUCUGUAAGGCUUGACAUUUACUCCAAAGAAUUAGGAAGCAUGUUUUGGAAUGCGUCCCACUUUUCUCCAACAUUGUUUAUUUUGAAAGUGCACUCGGCCAUAGAUAGCGAUAAUGGAAACCAUUAUGAUAAAUUGACUUCUGUGCUGUAGAUAUUACAAUGCUAUACAGGCCACUACACUCUAGUAAUGAAAGUCCUCUUUCAAAUUAUAUUUACAUUUUGCCAGUAGAAUAACAGUGUAACUAAUUGAUUAUUGUAACAUUCUCAACUAUACCUGUGAUUGUUCAUUAAAGAGAGUACUGCUCUAAAA